CAGCAAUCAACCUUUUCAAAUUUCCGUCAUUUCAUCGCAAGUUGCCCCUUCCGUAAUCACAUUCUCCUCAAAAAUCUGUAGCAGAUUGUGCGAUUUUCACAUCCCCUUGAGCCUCGCGCCCUUACGUAGAGACCGCGUCCACGAAACAACUGUGAUGAGAGUCCGGGCGCCGCACUCUUCCCUUUUGUCGUUUCUGGCCACCAGCAGCGUCGUAGAAGGAACACUGAAGUGGAUGAAUGUCACGAGGCCGACGCCCAAUGUCCCACUGGCCCCCGUGCCGCUUCCUGAGUCUGGGGCCGCGCGGGACGGCGCGGAGAUUGUGAAGCAGUUGACGGGGUUGUCUCGGUCGAGUAUGAGCGGUGGCGAGGGUGCGAGACUGGAUCUUGUCAAGGUUAUUGAGCUUGAAGGGGAGCUAUGGGAACCGGAGGGAAUGGUGAGGCUUGCGGGUGGUGAUGUAGGGAGGAAUGACAGAGCACGGGGCCCAGUGGAGGUAGAUGAGGAGGGGAAUGGUGAUGGGGAGAGGUUUUGGGUUUCGGCAGGGGAGUAUACCAUCCCAACGGAGAAGUAUCCUGACGGAAAAUGGAUUGAUGGGACGGAUCGGAGUGCCGGGGCAGGCUUUGCGCAUUUCGUAGUGUUUGAUGGGCGCGGAAAACGUCUUGGGGACUGGGUUGUUUCCGAGGAAGGGGAGUUGGAGUAUCAUAACGGCGGGAUAGAUUUUGACGGGCGACAUAUCUGGGCUACGCUCGCGCAGUACCGGCCAAAUUCGACGGCGACAGUGGUGAGGGUCGAUCCGGUCAGCAUGGAGAUGGAGAAGGCCUUCAAGGUGGCGGAUCACCAGGGUGGGAUCGUGCAUGAUGUCCACAACGGGACGCUGACGACCUUGGGGUGGGGUGGAAGAGUUGCGAGGAGAUGGGAUCUAGUCAAGAACGAGAUGAUAUGGAAGGGCGAAACGGGCGGUGGGACCGGGAAAGGGGACCAGGCUCGACUUGACAAACGGAGUGAAGUGGAUCAUGAUGGGGAAUUCAACGAACCUCAGUCUACAAUCGUGAAUCCUUCACACUGGAUCGAUUAUCAAGACUGCAAAUCUCUCGGCACCGUUGAUGGGAAGCAUCUAAUGCUUUGCUCUGGCAUCGCGACGCUGGCGCCAGGGACAGACGUGGGUGGGCUAGCGAUUGUCGAAGUGGAGAGGAUGGUUCCUCUGUGGGAGGUGCCGUUUAUGGAGAGGACAGGGCUUGUGCCGUGGAUGGAGGAGGAAACCCAUGUAGAAGGGAGCAUUAGGAGAAAGAGUGUGUUGAUGACGAAGAACCCGAUGGAUGUUGCUGUCGUCGGGGGACGAGUGAGGCUGUACUUUGCGCCGGAAGAGGGCAGGAGUAGAAUCUUUGUUUGUGAGGUAUGCGAGGGGUGAUUUAUGAGGGCGUUCAUGCCGUGUUUGGUAUGGUGUUCACUUUGCCGGGACUUUUUACGGUUGCUUUUGAUGGGAAAUGGAGACCCUCGAGAUGUUUAUAUGUAUCCUUGUAUGUGUAUGAUUGGUAACUCUGAUGAGC